CAACGUCAUAAUUAGAAAUUAAAUUUGCAAAAUUAACAAGUAAUUUUAAUCUUUUAAAACAAACCGUUCAUAACAAUGCGUAACACUAGGAGUUAUAAAAAUAAAUGUGAAAACCUCUGGAAAAAAUGUAUUUUCUUACAUAAAUUUCCAAGAUACUUUCAGGUAUCUAAUUUUGGGUAAUUAAAUAAAUUAAAAUGUGAGUUGAUUUUAUCAGAUACAAAUGUAUUUGGAGUUGUUGGCCAAAGUGUUCCCGCGAAGAGUUAAAUUAUGCCAUAUCGGUCGAACAAUAAGAGGAAGAAAAAUAGAUAUGAUUAUCAUAGCGAAAAAUUUGAAAAAUAAAAAGUACGCCGUUCUUAUCGAUGGUGGAAUUCACGCGAGAGAAUGGAUAACAGUAACGUCUGCUUUAUAUUUUAUUAAUCAUUUAAUAAAAAGUCCAAAACUUUUAUCUUUUAUGGAUUUUUAUAUUAUACCAUGCCUUAAUCCGGACGGAUAUGAGUACACACAUGUUUCGAACCGUAUGUGGAGGAAAAAUUUAAACACAAAUAAAUCGACUUGUGUAAAGAAAUUCGGAGUGGAUUUAAACCGCAACUUUCCAUUUAAAUUCGGAGAUCCGAAAGGAAGUAGCGGAAAACGGGAAAGUAUGUGCUACCGAGGUGAAUUCGCGCUUAGUGAACCAGAAACCUUAGCUUUAGCAACCAUAUUUAAAAACCUCAAAGAUAAAUUGAAACUUUACGUAUCAUUACACGCGUAUGGAAAUCUUAUUAUGUAUCCAUGGGGUUAUAAAAAUACUUCUCCUUGGGAUAGAUAUGAUUUAUUUCGUUGUGGUCAGUUAUGCAAACAAGCAAUGUCAAGAUGUGGAGUUGAUAGAAAAUUUAAAGUGGGCAAUAUAGCAAAAUUUAUGUAUUUAACUUCUGGUUGUUCAGUUGAUUAUGCAAGAGGUGGGCACGAUGUAAAAUUUUCUUUUACAAUCGAAUUGGAUAAAGGUGGAUCAACUGGUUUUAAUCCACAACCAAGCAAGAUUUUAGAAAUCGGUUCCGAAUUAACUAACGGUAUUGGAGCUAUGGUAAGAUACGUACAUAAAUACUAUGCGAUUAGAGAUGGCCGACGUGCUCAUUGUAAUAGAGAACAUUUUGUAAUGUAAUGGUUGAAAAUAAAGUUUUUUUUAAAUCAGUACUAAAAUGACUUGUAUAACAAAUGUCCAUACUCAAAUUUAUGCAAUUGUCAGCAACUAAGCAUACAAAGACUCCAAAGACACAGAUACCACUUUUAAUAGUAACCUCACUCGGAGAA